UGUGUUUUGACGCGUUCGUGGUUGGUCUUAGGAAGUUUAACGGUUGCUAAACAUAGUUGUGUUAGAGGAAAAAAAGAAAAAUAACAUCAAGUCAAUUGCAACAAUUUAAAAUUAAUGCUCAAUCAUGCCGAAGAUUGAUCCAGAAACCCAAAAGCUCUACGAUGAGAUUAAUGGCAUGAUACAAAAGUUCAAGGAUGACCAAAAGAGUAAAGCGGACUGCACGCUGGGCGACAAGUGUGGGGAUAUGGGAGAUGUGUCCAAAAUUCGAUUCUCGUCCAAAAAGAUCCUAAAAGGUCACAUCAACAAGGUGAACUCGGUGCACUUUGCAGGCGAUUCGCGUCAUUGCGUCACUGGUUCACUGGAUGGAAAACUAAUUAUCUGGGACACUUGGACGGCCAAUAAGGUGCAGAUUAUACCGUUACGCUCGGCUUGGGUCAUGACUGUGGCCUUUUCGCCAUCGGGCAACUUUGUGGCCUGCGGUGGCAUGGACAAUCAAUGCACCGUCUACGAUGUGAAUAAUCGCGAUGCCUCUGGAGUAGCCAAGAUGGUGCGUGAGCUAAUUGGAUACGAGGGCUUUCUGAGCUCCUGUCGCUUUCUCGACGAUGGUCAUUUAAUUACCGGCUCUGGCGAUAUGAAAAUCUGCCAUUGGGAUUUGGAAAAGGGCGUCAAAACAAUGGACUUUAAUGGACAUGCUGGUGAUAUUGCUGGUCUAUCGUUGUCGCCUGACAUGAAGACUUACAUCACCGGAUCUGUGGAUAAAACUGCCAAGUUGUGGGAUGUGCGAGAACAGGGACACAAGCAGAUGUUCUUUGGCCACGACAUGGACGUCUCAUCAGUUUGUUACCAUCCAAGUGGCUUUGGCUUCGCCUCCUGCUCGGAGGAUCAGACAGCACGCAUGUACGAUUUGCGUGCUGACCAACAAAUUGGACUCUAUGAGCCGCCCCAGAAGAACACGGGCUUCACUUCAUGUGCUUUAUCGACCAGCGGCCGCUACUUAAUGUGCGCCGGCAUUGAGGGCAAUGUGCACUCGUGGGAUGCCAUGAAGCAGAAGCACACGGGCACACUGUCUGGACACGAGAAUCGCAUUACUUGCAUCAGCCUGUGCCCCAAUGGCAUGUGUCUAGCCUCAACCAGUUGGGAUCAGCAAGUGCGCCUGUGGCUUUAAUUGAACUACGUCCACGACUCCACACUUUGGUUCAAUAUACAUACAUACUAUAUGCAUAGCUUAUAAAUAUAACUAACAGAACGUUGUAGCUUAUUACACAGACAAGAAGUUGGCAAUAAAGUCCAUGACUUUGCAUUGACAGAUGCAAUGACAAGCAAACAA